GUUGUUAUUGUGAACUCGCUUGGUAUACAAUUUUUUGCAGAAUUGGGGUUUUGGAUGGGCGGCCUGAAGAUCGUAUUCCUCGUGGGCUUGGUUCUUCCUGGCAUUAUUGUCGAUCUCGGAGGAAACACAAAACACGAUCGCAUUCGAUUCCGUUACUGGCGGCAACCAAACGGACCCAUGGGCAACUACAUCAUCCACCAGGUCCACAAUGAUCAAUUCGCAUUCUCCCUUGGAUUCUGGAGCACGUUAACCACUACGGUGCUUGCACACAUCGGCAGCGAUUUGGUUGCGGUUACGGCUUGA